AUGGCCGACCCGACCCAAGAACCCGAUACCCGAAAGCUCCGAAACAUCUGCAUCCUGGCCCACGUGGACCACGGCAAGACCACCCUCUGCGACCACCUCAUCUCCGGCUCCGACAGCGGCAUCAUCCACCCCAAGCUCGCCGGCCGCCUCCGCUACAUGGACUCCCUCCUCGAGGAGCAGCGCCGCGCCAUCACCAUGAAAAGCUCCUCCAUCGCUCUCCGCCACCGCGGCCACUCCGUCACCGUCAUCGACUCCCCGGGCCACAUGGACUUCUGCAGCGAAGUCUCCACCGCCGCACGCCUCAGCGACGGCGCGUUGAUCCUCGUGGACGCCGUCGAGGGCGUCCACAUCCAGACGCACGCCGUCCUCCGCCAGGCCUGGAUCGAGAAGCUCACGCCGUGCCUGGUGAUCAACAAGAUCGAUCGGCUCAUCUCCGAGCUCGAGAUGAGCCCUAGGGAGGCCUACAUUAGGUUAUUGAGGAUUGUUCAUGAGGUUAACAACAUUGUUAGUGCUUUUAAAUCCGUGAAGUAUUUGAAUGAUGUGGAUGCCAUUCUUUCGGGGCCGGCCGGCGCCGACGACGUGGCGUUUGAGGAGAUUGAGGACGAUGAGGAGCUCAUGUUUCAGCCACAGAAGGGCAAUGUGGCUUUUGUGUGUGCUUUGGAUGGUUGGGGGUUUACCAUUUCGCAGUUUGCGGAGAUUUAUAGGGAGAAAUUUGGGUGGAGUGUUAAUGCAUUGCAGAAGGCUCUAUGGGGGCCUUGGUAUUUUAAUCACAAGGAGAAGAAGAUUGUGGGGCAGAAGGGUGUGGCUGGUUUGAAGAAGGCUCGGCCGAUGUUUGUUGAGUUUGUGCUUGAGCCGGUUUGGAGUGUGUACCAGGCGGCGUUGAAGGAGAGGGAGGAGGCUGAGGUGGUGGUUAAUAAAGUGAUCAAGACGUUUAAGUUGACUAUACCACCGAGGGAUUUGAAGGGUGAUGCGAAGGGUAUGGUUCAGGCUGUGAUGAGUCAUUGGCUUCCUCUUCAUGAGGCUAUCUUGUCGAUGGUUAUUAGGUGUAUGCCUGACCCGAUUGCAGCACAGUCCUAUAGGAUUUCACGGCUACUUCCAAAGAGAGAGGGUGUGGGUGAUAUGGUUGAUUCUAGUGUACUUGCAGAGGCGGAGAAGGUGAGGAGAUCGGUUGAAGCUUGUGAUUCGAGGCCUGAGGCUCCUUGUGUUGCGUUUGUUUCGAAAAUGUUUGCUGUCUCUACAAAAAUGCUUCCAAAGUAUGGCCUGGAUGGGGAAGUUUUGGAUAAUACGUCUGAUGAGGGUGAAUUGGAUGAGUGCUUCCUUGCAUUUGCAAGGAUUUAUAGUGGGGUUCUUCGACCUGGUGAGAAAAUUUAUGUGCUUUCAGCUUUGUAUGAUCCCUCAAAAGGGGAAUCGAUGCAGAAGCAUAUUCAGGUGGCGACGUUGCAAUCUCUGUAUCUCAUGAUGGGUCAGAAUUUACAGCAUGUGCCAGAGGCGCAGGCAGGGGAUAUUGUGGCAAUCCGAGGCCUUGGGCAGCAAAUACUCAAAACCGCAACACUUUCAUCAACAAAGAAUUGCUGGCCUUUCUCCAGUAUGUCAUUCCAGGUUUCUCCUACUCUGAAAGUUGCAAUUGAGCCAUCUGAUCCUGCAGACAUGGGUGCAUUGAUGAAGGGUUUACGGCUGCUGAACAGGGCAGACCCUUUCGUAGAGGUCACGGUUUCUGCUAGAGGAGAACAUGUUUUGUCUGCUGCGGGAGAAGUACAUCUUGAAAGAUGCAUAAAAGAUUUGAAAGAUAGAUUUGCAAGGGUAGGCUUGGAAGUGUCUAAGCCUCUUGUGUCUUUUAAAGAGACCAUUUUGGGAGAUGAAUCCACACUUGAGAACUUAAAAUCCUUUCUUGCCAGUUCGGAAUAUGUUGAAAAAGCAACACAAAAUGGAAGAUGUGUUGUUCGGGUGAAGGUCCUGAAACUCCCACCUUCUCUAACUAAGGUGAUUGAUGAAAGUUCCCAUAUUCUAGCAGAUAUCCUUGGAGUCAAGGUAGAAACGAGUAAAAGUUUGGACACACAGGUUGCAAGCACUGAAGAAGGUAUGGAUCCAAUUGAAACACUAAGGAAACGUAUGAUGGAGGCUGUGGAGAGUGAUAUUUUGUCUAGUGGUGAGACUGACAAGGACCGGGCUGAGAAAUGUAAAGUACAGUGGCAAAAACUUCUUAAAAGGAUCUGGGCGCUUGGCCCUUGGCAUAUUGGCCCUAACAUCCUACUUACUCCAGAGAUAAAAGGAAAGGGUACUGACUCAUCUGUGCUCAUCCGUGGCUCCUUUCAUGUUUCUGAGAAAUUAGGAUUUGUGGAUGCUUCUGAAAAUGAGAAUGCAGCUGCUGAGACAUCUUCAGAAGUAACCGAAGCACUGUAUGCUGAAGCAGAGCGCCUUCAGAGCAGCGUUUUAUCUGGGUUUCAACUGGCAACAGCAGCUGGACCUUUAUGUGACGAGCCUAUGUGGGGUUUGGCAUUUGUGGUCGAAGCUUACAUUUCACCAUUACCUGCUCAGUCUGAUGAUUCGGAAACCUCCCACCAGCAGCCUGAGCAAUAUGGUAUCUUCACAGGACAGGUCAUGACAGCUGUUAAAGAUGCGUGUAGAGCAGCUGUGCUUCAAAAGCAACCACGGCUUGUGGAAGCUAUGUACUUCUGUGAGUUGAUUACGCCAACUGAACAAUUGGGUAAUAUGUAUGCGGUGCUUGGACGACGGCGGACCAAAGUUUUAAAGGAAGAAAUGCAGGAAGGCUCCCCAUUGUUCACUGUACAUGCCUAUGUGCCGGUUGCUGAGAGCUUUGGUUUUGCGGAUGAGCUUAGAAGAUGGACUGCUGGAGCUGCAAGUGCUCUUCUUGUGCUUAGCCACUGGGAAGCACUUGAUAAGGAUCCUUUCUUUGUUCCAAAAACGGAUGAGGAGAAAGAAGAGUUUGGCGACGGUUCUAGUGUGCCUCCAAAUACUGCUAGAAAACUGAUAAAUGCUGUAAGACGGCAGAAGGGUCUUCCGGUGGAGGAAAAAGUAGUGCAGCACGCGACAAAGCAGAGGACCUUGGCUCGUAAAGUGUAGGUAGGCAAAGUAGUAGGAUAUUGUUGAUGAGUUAAAUGUAGUGUAGAACAUUUAGGUGACAAUUCUUUGCUCCUUUUAUGGAAGUAUAGAGGUUUUUAUACUUGUAAUGUUCUAGUUUUGUUUUUGUUUUUUUAAUCGACAUUAUGUUCUUGUUACAUAUUAUUGGGAGAACUUGUAAUGUCCAAGUUCCCAAUCUUUGCUGGGAUAAUUCCUGUCAAGUGAUUCCUUGACAUAUUCAAGGUUCCCAACCUUACAAGGCUUGUCAGCUCCACAGGCAUUUCUCCUGAUAAGUAAUUCUCAGAGGGAACUCAACCCAGGAAAAUUGCAGGGUGUGACUAAAGAGUGAUUGAAUAUUAUCCUCACUCUGUAUACCUUGUCAACAGUCUUGAUCUAUCAAUGAAUCAACUUUCAGGUUCAAUCCCACCACUGGAAAAGUCCCAACAGGUAGCCAGUUUAGCACUCUUGUUGAUCCAUCAAUUUAUGAAGGCAAUGCUGCUCUUUGUGGGUAUCCGUUGCCAAAUGGUUGCCGUGAUAAUGAAGAAACACCUCACGUUCCAAGUGAAGAUGGACAAGACGAUAGUGAACUUGAAAAGCUAUGGAUCAUCAGCAGCAUGGUAGCAGGUUUCAUAGUAGGGUUCUGGGGAGUUUGUGGGAGUUUGGUCAUGAACAAGUCCUGGAGACAUGCCUAUUUCAACUUCCUUGACAAAGUGGAGUAUGCUCUAGUUGAUUUUGUUUCAGACAUUGGAAAGCAUCUGCAGAGGGGCACAG